AUGUGGCCGGACCGUUUACCGGGGGGACCGGGAGAGUCCGGACCGUUUACCGGGGGGACCGGGAGAGUCCGGACCGUUUAUCGGGGUGAACGGGAGAGUCCGGACCGUUUACCGGGGGGACCGGGAGAGACCGGACCGUUUAUCGGGGUGAACGGGAGAGUCCGGACCGUUUACCGAGGGGAACGGGAGAGACCGGACCGUUUACCGGGGGGACCGGGAGAGUCCGGACCGUUUACCGGGGGAACCGGGAGAGUCCGGACCGUUUACCGGGGUGAACGGGAGAGUCCGGACCGUUUACCGGGGGGACCGGGAGAGUCCGGACGGUUUAUCGGGGGGAGUGGGUUGAGGACAUGGGUUUCGCUUAGGCCAGUAUUUAUUACCUAUCCCUAACUAUCUAGAAAGCAGUUAGGAAUCAACCACGUUGUUGUG